AUGACAUCGCAAGAAUACUACAACGCGAAAAGCAUCAACAUAAAAUCUUUGGUGAUCGAGAUUCCAAAGAGCAGAGAUAAAUCGGUGAUCAAUAAGAAGCUAAUUUGGACUCCAAUCGACGAGUUUUUCGGAAAACUGACAACAGAAAAUGGCGAAGUCGUCCAUAACGAUAUCGGAAAAAUAACAACUAACCCGAAAUUCGAAAACCGAGAUGUAUUUGCUAUCACAAAGAGAGGAGAUUCCUUCGGGAUCAUAAGCGUCGGCGACAACGAGGAAGACCUUCGAUUCAUGACCAACCAUUGCGGGCUAGUGCAUUUCCAAUCAUUCGAAGACGCUAAUCCCCAGAAGCAAGACUUCAAGUUGAAAUUUCAAUAA